AAUCCAGGCCGUCCGUUUGAUGAUCUAACCCCACCCUACCGCCACCCCGGUCGGCGAUGGCGAAGCCCCCGUCGUCGUCGGCGGCCGGCGGCCGCGGCCAGGCCCACCAUAGGACCCGCCUCCUCCUCCUGCUACUCCUCGCCGUAGCCGCCUGCGCGUCCACCGCGGGUUUCCUCCUCCGCGGCGCCAUGCUGGACACCUGCGGGGGCUCCUCGGCCCCCGUCGCCACCGCCCGCACCGGCGCCGUCGCGGGGAGCCCACUCGGGUUCAUGAGGUCCAAGCUCGUGCUUCUUGUCUCCCACGAGCUCUCCCUCUCCGGUGGCCCAUUAUUACUGAUGGAGCUGGCAUUUCUUCUACGGCAGGUUGAUUCGCAAGUGGUGUGGAUAACAAACCAGAGAUCAGAAGAAACAAAUGAUGUUACAUAUAGCUUGGAGCAUAAGAUGUUGAGCCAUGGAGUGCAGGUAUUACCUGCUAGAGGACAGGAGGCAGUUGAUAAUGCCCUAAAGGCUGAUCUUGUUAUCUUGAACACUGCUGUUGCUGGCAAGUGGCUUGAUGCUGUUUUAAAAGACCAUGUUCCUCAAGUUCUUCCCAAGAUUUUGUGGUGGAUCCAUGAAAUGCGAGGACAUUACUUUAAGCUUGAGUAUGUCAAACAUCUUCCUUUGGUUGCUGGAGCCAUGAUCGAUUCUCAUACAACGGCUGAAUAUUGGAAGACUAGGACUCACGACCGUUUGAAAAUACAGAUGCCACAAACUUAUGUUGUGCACCUCGGGAAUAGUAAGGAGUUAAUGGAAGUUGCUGAAGAUAAUGUUGCUAGAAGAGUUCUACGGGAACAUAUCCGUGAGUCACUCGGAGUACGAAGUGAAGAUCUUGUGUUUGCGAUAAUAAACAGUGUUUCACGAGGAAAAGGACAGGACCUAUUUCUUCAAGCAUUUUAUCAGAGUUUCCAGCUCAUCCAACAGAAGAAAUUAAAAGUGCCCACAAUGCAUGCUGUAGUUGUGGGAAGCGACAUUACUGCCCAGACCAAGUUUGAGACACAAUUACGUGAAUUUGUGGGAAAGAAUGGGAUUCAGGACCGGGUUCACUUUGUAAACAAGACAUUGGCAGUGGCUCCUUAUUUGGCUGCAAUUGAUGUACUUGUCCAGAACUCUCAGGCUCGUGGAGAAUGCUUUGGAAGGAUAACGAUUGAAGCAAUGGCUUUCAAGUUACCAGUGUUGGGCACGGCGGCCGGAGGGACCACAGAGAUCGUGCUGGAUGGUUCAACUGGCCUUCUGCACCCUGCUGGAAAGGAAGGCGUCACGGCUCUUGCAAACAACAUGGUAAGGCUUGCGAGCCAUGCAGACCAAAGGGUCUCCAUGGGGAAGAAGGGCUACGAGAGGGUGAAGGAGACGUUCAUGGAGCACCACAUGGCCGAUAGGAUCGCUGCCGUGUUGAAGGAAGUUCUGCAGAAAUCACGGCAUCAACAUUCUCACGCUUGAGCCUUGCAGUGUCCAAAAUGGCAUUUUGUCAAUCUGUGUGCUAACAUGUAGUAGUAGUAGAUCUUGAUUUUGCAAAGUCCAAACUCGUGACUAUAUGUUCGGCUUCCUUUUUUUUUUUCCUUUUUCGUCACGUAUCUUUAUUUUUUGGUUUACCUUGUUGGGGGUUGACUCAUACAACUUUACGACAUCGUUCUAAUUGGUCAUUUCUUCUUAUUGACGUGUAAGUAAUCCUGUUGCUUC